UCUGCUUCUGUCUUCUCAGACUUCAGCGACAUUAAACCGAACCUAGACGUGAAGAAGCGCGUCGCUCUGCUCUGGAACUAACCGUUACCGGGGAUUAUUCCACCGUUUGUUGGUUUCUACGAUGGCUAGCUGCAGCUAACUGAGCUAGCCGCUCCUGGCCUCCAAACAUCCACCAGAGCUCUGUCCAGCUGAGCUUCUGUCUGAUCAGGGAUCUGCUGUCUGUUGGACUUCUACAGAUUUUAAAGAUCUCUAGGGAAGAUCUGCUCCCUGAUCAGAUGGAGGCAGCAGCUAAUGGAAGAGGACCAGUGCAUGAUGGGAAGGACGACGCCCUCAGUCCAGAGGAUCUGUCUGAGAUGUUGGCAGCAGGAACCAAAGAGAUCCAUGAGAAGGCCGAGAACACUCAGUUUGUGAAAGAUUUCCUGAGAGGACGGAUCCGUAAAGAGCUGUUCAAGAGGGGCGCUGUGGCGCUCUACUACACCUACUCAGCCAUGGAGGAGGAGAUCGAGAGGAACAAGGACCACCCCCACUUUGCUCCUUUGUACUUUCCUGUAGAGCUUCACCGACAUGAAGCUCUGGCCCGGGACCUCCAGUACUUCUAUGGUCCGGACUGGCAGAGCCAGGUGAGCUGCUCCCAGGCCACCCAGCGCUAUGUGGACCGCAUCCAGCAGGUGGGGCAGGAGGACCCGGUCCUGCUGGUGGCCCACGCCUACACCCGCUACAUGGGGGACCUGUCUGGAGGCCAAGUUCUGAAGAAGGUGGCGCAGAGGGCCUUGAAGCUGCCACCCACCGGAGAGGGCCUGGAGUUCUACCAGUUCGAUGCCAUCCACAGCGCCAAAGCCUUCAAGCAGCUCUACCGCAGCCGCAUGAACGAGCUGGACCUGGACCUGGACACCAAGAAGAGGCUGGUGGACGAAGCCGUCAAGGCCUUCCUCUUCAACAUGGAGGUGUUUGACGAGUUAGAAGAAAUUGGAAAAUCCAUCCAGGAGGAGGUUCUAGAUGCUGGGAUGGAAGUUCAUGGAGGGAUGGGAGGAGACAUCAGCAAAUGUCCUUAUUAUGCUGCUAAGAUGGCGGCUUCAGGUGGGAUGGCGUACUUCUGUCAGCUGGCCAUGGCCGUUCUCCGACACCCCACCGGACAGGUGCUGUUUGCUACCUGGUUUGCUGCCUUGGCUGGAUUGGCUGCCUGGUACCUGAUGUGAGGACAGGAAGGAGAGCUGUCAGAGGUUCAUACAGACAUUCUGUUCAUGGUUCCUGAUGAUGGAGACCCAUGGGAGAUAGAUUGUUAUUCCAUUUAAAUGAUGUGUAGGACCAUCUGGAUGUCCAUCCAUCCAUCCAUCCAUCCAUCCAUCCAUCCAUCCAUCCAUCCAUCCAUCCAUCCAUCCAUCCAUCCAUCCAGCUAGCUGCAGUGUGUUACACUUCUGUCCUUCAUAGUUUUUUUCUCCUCCUCCUCGCCAACUUCCCUCCAUGGUAUCUCCUCCCCUGCUUUCAUCCACAGCCCAUCACUGUUUCCCUAUUCAUAGUUUUUUCUCCUCCUCCUCGCCAACUUCCCUCCAUGGUAUCUCCUCCCCUGCUUUCAUCCACAGCCCAUCACUGUUUCCCUAUUCUCUGAUUGAUGCAACAUUUUCACCAGUUUUAAUCCUUUUAUUGAAUCUGACAGUACAGUGGUGUUGUAGUGCAGCCUGGUUUUAGACUACAGCUAAGUUAAUGGAGUUUGUUAUCUUUAUUAUUAUGAUUAUUUCACACUGACCUCAGCAGGGUUUUGCUGGACAGACUGCUGUUGAUUUCUACACUGAAUGCUCAGCUGUUAGACAGUUAUGAAGUAUUAUUAUCAUUAUUUCUAUGCAUAGUUCCAAACUCCAAACCACAUAAACUUGAAUGCUGAUUGAAUUUAAACAUUUACAGCUGAUGAGGCAUAAAGAGAUAAAAGUUUAACAUUACGAUGCACUUAAUUAAUAAUUAAUUAGCUUAAUUAAGAGGAGCUUCAUCACUGCAAGCAAAACAAGAGAAAUGAAAUCUCAAUCAUCUCAAUGAAAAGUCUAAAGUUAGAAAAUCUUUAGAAAAAGUUUUUAGGUGUGACCAUCUGACAGGUAAACAUUUGGUUGAGAUAAAAACAGGCACAAAAAUAGAAAAGCACUCAGAAAGCAGUCCCCCUCCAAGGCUGCUCAGUCCUUGGAUCAUUUCUGACGGAUAAGUCCUGAUAAGUCCUCAGCGGUGGAUUUGUAGUGGGAUCACAAGGAUCCACAUUUGUCUAAAACUAUUAGAAAAUUGUCCAGAACUUGAAAAAAAAAAAUCCUCUUUAACCAUUAAAAUCUGUCCAACAUGAGUUAAUCAUCUAGGAUGGCUGAGAAGGGUUAAAAAUGACUAAAAAUGGGUCCAAAAUGACUUUAAAAUGUCUUCAAACUAUUAAAAUUUUCUUUAAAAAGUAGUAAUUAUUCACAGUUACGGUUUGUCACUUACCUCCACCACGUUCCUUGGGGGAAUAAUUAGUGCGAUCUGCGUAAUAUCCAGUGGACUUUAUUAAUUUUAAUCAUCAAGCUCAUGUCUGUGGAGGUCCUCGGUCAUCCAGGUCAUGGUAAUCGUAGGAGCUUCAGUAGAAACCAGCUGGACUUCUUUCUGGGAGGUUCUUGAACAAGAACAGUUGGUUUCUACUGAAGCUCCUAGGAGAAUGGUUUAGAAAAGUCUGUUGACGCUGCGUUCCUUGCCGGAGUAUUAACUGUAAAAGACUGGAGAGAAAUGACUCAUGAAGCUACCAGGAAUCUAAAGUGAGCUAGAAAACCUCCUCUGUUUAAUCUGAACGCUGGUUUAUUUCCACAUUUAGGUUUGUAGUUCAGUAAAACUUCUAAUAAUCUAAUUGUGAUGAAACCUUUAAUGAGGAGACAGGUUUAUUUUGGAAAUAUAAACUGUCUUCUUGUAUUUUUACAUGUCAUGAUUCAUACGUGAUCCUCUGAACGCAGCAGGACGGCUGACUGGAAUCAGCAGUGAAGAAUAUUUAAUCUCUCCUGAUGCAUGCUCACCUCUACUAUUCCUGUUCCUCAAUCUGUGAUCGUCUGUGUUUGUAGAAAAACUGCCUGUUGGUUUAACGAUGCAGUGAUUGAUUAGUUCUGCCUGCUGGAGCCUAUAUUAGGACAGUUACCAGAAGUAGAAGCUCAUGAAGAGUUAGAGUGGUUAAAUAAACUACAGAUAUGAUCCAUCUAUCAGAUACUGUACAUCCCAGGAGACACGGUUUAGUGUUAUCAGGAAUGAGGAGAAAUAUUUCUACUGGAUGCAGUUUUUAUCGGUUGAACUUCAGUAUUUAUCCUGAUUCUGACCGGCCAGGUUCAGUCUGUUCUCUAAUGAACCUUCAGGACUAGGGUUAGAGUAGAAGCUGGUUCAGGACGGAUCAGACAUAAGGUGUUUCUAUGAGUCAGAUUAAUGCAGGAACUAAUCAGGGUUCAUCAACUCUGUAGUUUGUUGAUUUUCCAUUUUUAUGAUAAAGUGUGAUGUCAGAAGGCUUCAGUGUUUUUGGACAGACUUGAAUCUCAGGAGGCCAUAAAUGAGAGAUGUUUUGAAUUCUCCUGCAUUAAAUCUAUUAGAUCUCUAUCCUUGUGUCUGUACGGAGCUUUGUUAGUGAUGGCUGGAGCUCCCAUCGGUCCAGAAACAAUAAAACUGCUUUCCAAACUUCUGCUGAAA